GACGCCUUAUCCUCUUUUCUCUCCUCCGCCAGGAAGAAGCCCACUAUGGCUCUAGCCCACUGGCUAUGCUGACAGCCACCUGCAAUAAAUUCGGAGGCUCGAGUCCAAUCCGGGAUUCGGCCACUCCAGGGAAAGCAGGGGGAAAUCCAGGAAAGAAAUUGUACCAGUUGGGUGCCGAGAUCUCUGUGCCCAAAGUCCGCGGCUCUGAGGCCAUGGGGGAGUCCUACACCGCUGCCUUCCCCAGUGGGAAUGGCCUGAUGUCGCCUUCCACCAGCCCCCAGGCUUCCACCACCUACGGCAAUGACUACAGCCCCUUCUCCCACUCCUUCCCGACCUCCUCUAGCUCUCAGGACCCAUCGUCCCUCCUGGUCUCCAAGGGACACCCUUCGGCCGACUGCCUUCCCAGCGUCUACACCUCCUUAGACAUGACCCAUCCUUAUGGCUCCUGGUACAAAACUGGCAUCCACCCCGGGAUCUCGGGCAGCUCCAGCAAUGCCACGGCCUCCUGGUGGGACAUGCACUCCAACACCAACUGGCUGAGCACCCAGCCCCAGUCAGAUGGCCUGCAGGGCUCCCUCCAGUCCAUGCCCACCCAGUCUUCCCUCAGCCCCCAGCUGCCUAGCUACAGCUCCGACUUCACCCCCUUGAAUCCUGCCCCAUACCCGGCAGUGGGCAUCACUUCCUCCUCCCACCUACUCCCCUCCAGCCAGCACAUGCUGUCCCAGGAGAUGUACAAGCCCAAGCCGGUGGCCAACAACUCCCUGAUGGAGAGCGGGAUUGGACUGAAGGCCCCGCGCGGUGGUUCCUUUGGGGGCACCACCGGCCGCUCAACAUGCGACUGCCCCAAUUGCCAGGAGCUGGAGCGCCUGGGUGCCUCGGCUGCCAGCCUCCGGAAGAAGCCCAUCCACAGCUGCCACAUCCCAGGCUGCGGGAAGGUGUAUGGCAAGGCCUCGCACCUGAAAGCGCACCUGCGCUGGCACACGGGCGAACGCCCCUUCGUGUGCAACUGGCUCUUCUGCGGCAAGCGCUUCACGCGCUCGGACGAGCUGGAGCGCCACGUCCGCACCCACACCCGAGAGAAGAAGUUCACCUGCCUGCUCUGCAACAAGAGGUUCACGCGCAGCGACCACCUCAGCAAGCACCAGAAGACCCACACUGAGAUGGGGGCCACCAAGCCCCCCGAGGGGGAGGCUGAGCGGGAGGAGACGGCCGCUGGGGGCUCGCCCAGUGCCACCAUGCAGGAGGGCUUAGCCAGCGAUGACAAGGACACCACCAGCCCUGAGCAGAGCAGCUUGCUGGAGAUCUAAGCCGGAGGGUCUCCUCCGGCUCUUCCUUCUCCUCCUUUUCUUCCCUUUUUUAAUUCCCCCCUCCCCCCCAAGAUAAUUUAUUUCCUGGGGCACUGGCAGCUCCUGUGCUGCUGCAGGGGUGGGCGUAGUGAUGGGAUCGUCCCCUAGUCCUUGCCCCUCGUCCCCAGCUUGGGGUCCGAUGAGGCUCAGAAAGAGUCAGACGACCUUGGUGCCUGCAAUUUGAACAUGCUGCCGUGAAGAGGCACCCUCAGCCCCUCGCCCUCCAGGACAGGGUCUCUGGGAGAGACAUUGGAGGUGUCUACACCAGCUAGUGCCAAGGGCAGGGCAGGGAGAUGCUGUCUCCCCCAACUGGUGCCACCCAUUGUGGGCUCUGUCCUGCAAAGCACACUGGAAAGCCAAAGGGGUCUCAGCCCUGUGGUUGGGGCGCAGCGAGUGCUCUGCUGGAUCCUGUUUCUCAGCCACAGGCAGGAUCAGGCCCUCAAUUCCCCAGAACCUUUGCAGCCAAGCCAGAGGAGUCGGGGGUCCGGGGGUGAGGACCUGAAAGCAGCCGUUCUCCUCCAACCGCUGUGCCCAGAAGGGCCCGCGAGUCACGCUGCAAAGACCCCAGGGGAAAUUCCCACCUUCCUGCCUUAUCCCCAGCAUAUUUAAUCAAGAAGCGUAGGAAUUAUAUUUAUGUCUUAAGUUAUGAUGAUGCUUUAAGGGAGGGGGGAGGAGCAUUUCCAGGAAGCCUUUGUAUUUAAAACAUAGGAUGGGGGUGGGGUGGUAGAGGCCCUGGGUUUAAUGAGGGUCUCUGUUAAUUGGCAAUAUCAGUUGGGGCAUCUAUAGUAAAGCUGACGUGCUUUUAGCCCUGCUUCUUUAUGAUGGUGGAAAGCCACAAUCCCAGUUGGUGUCAUCCCCCGUCCCUCCCAGUCAAACCUUUUUGGGUUUUUUCUCCCUCUUUUUUACCAUCAGGAAUAUUAAAAAGAGCUCAGGGACAGGUUCCUGAUUGGUUAGCAUUCGAAUUGGAGCCGGAUUUACUCAACACCCAUGUAGGGGCAUCAGUACAGGUGGAAGCUCCCAAAGAGCUUUGCAGUUGCACUGUCCCAUCUCCCGAAGGCGCCUGUUCGGGAGCUGAGCACAUCGAAACGCUGCAGUCGUUCUAUCGGCUUCUCCUUGCUUUUCCAUCCUUUAUGGCUGGGGGCUCUCUGGGUGUUUACUGUGAGCUGAGGCACGUCAGGAGAGGCACAUCUUUAACAAUAACUUCCUUUCUCCAGGGUGUUAUUAGCCCUCAAAGUUAAAUAGCUGUUCACAAGAAGAUUGGCUAAGGGGAGGAGGAAAGUCUCUUCCCUCUCUCGGUUGCUCAUUUUUUUCUCUCUGGUGAUGUUGGUGUCUCACUCAUUCUCCAGGCGCUGAGUCUUUCAGCCCAGAGAGGAGCUGAAUUAGAUUUCCAGCCCUUUAGGCAGCUAUUUGGCUUUUAUUUGAUGUUUGUUUGAUAUCUGUGCAACAUCUAGUACAAUGGGGCAUCGGUCCAACCGGGAACCCAGAGGUACUACCACAAUACAAAUCAUUAUCAUAAUGACCUUAGUGUAAAAAGCUAACCAGAAUAUUUCCCCCACUGCCCCCAUAUAUUUCAUUUUUUUUCAUCCCUUCCCCACCUCAUCCAUCAUAAAGGGGCAUGAGCCAGGGUUUUUUUUCCUUGUGAGUCACCUUUCCCAGAGGGGCUCUGUUAAUGCUGUGGAAGUCUGUAUAGGUUAAUGGAGGAGAAGUUUUU